AUGGGGAUUGAACUGCUUUGCCUGUUCUUUCUAUUUCUAGGAAGGAACGAUCACGUACAAGGUGGCUGUGCCAUGGGAGGUGCAGAGACCUGCGGAGACUGUCUGCUCAUUGGACCUCAGUGUGCCUGGUGCUCUCAGGAGAAUUUCACCCAGCUACCUGGAGUUGGUGAAAGAUGUGAUACCCAAGCAAAUCUUAUAGCUAAAGGAUGUCAAGUAAACUUCAUCGAAAACCCUGUCUCCCAAGUAGAAAUACUUACAAAUAAGCCUCUCAGUGUAGGCAGACAGAAAAAUAGUUCUGACAUUGUUCAGAUUGCACCUCAAAGCUUGAUUCUUAAAUUGAGACCAGGUGGUGAGCAGACACUACAAGUGCAAGUCCGCCAAACCGAGGAUUACCCAGUGGACUUGUAUUACCUCAUGGACCUCUCGGCCUCCAUGGAUGAUGACCUCAACACAAUCAAAGAGCUGGGUUCCCUGCUCUCCAAGGAGAUGUCUAAAUUAACUAGCAACUUUAGACUGGGCUUUGGCUCCUUUGUGGAAAAACCCGUCUCCCCUUUUAUGAAAACAACGCCAGAAGAAAUCGCCAACCCUUGCAGUAGUAUUCCAUACUUCUGCUUACCUACUUUUGGAUUCAAGCACGUUUUGCCAUUGACAAGUGAUGCUGAAGAAUUCAAUGAAAUUGUGAAGAAUCAGAAAAUUUCUGCUAAUAUUGACACACCUGAAGGUGGAUUUGAUGCAAUUAUGCAAGCUGCUGUGUGUAAGGAAAAAAUUGGCUGGCGGAAUGACUCUCUCCAUCUCCUGGUCUUUGUGAGUGACGCCGAUUCUCAUUUUGGAAUGGACAGCAAAUUGGCAGGCAUUGUCAUUCCUAACGAUGGGCUCUGUCACCUGGACAGCAAGAAUGAAUACUCCAUGUCAACCAUCUUGGAAUAUCCAACAAUUGGACAACUCAUUGACAAACUGGUGCAAAAUAACGUGUUACUGAUCUUUGCUGUAACCCAAGAGCAAGUACAUUUAUAUGAGAAUUAUGCAAAACUCAUUCCUGGAGCUACAGUAGGGCUACUUCAGAAAGACUCCGGGAACAUUCUCCAGCUGAUCAUCUCCGCCUAUGAAGAACUCCGGUCUGAAGUGGAACUGGAAGUAUUAGGAGACACAGAAGGACUCAACCUGUCGUUCACAGCUAUCUGUAACAACAGGUCCGUCUUCCCACAGCAGAAGAAAUGCUCCCACAUGAAGGUGGGAGACACGGCUUCAUUCAACGUGUCUGUGAGUAUUCCAAACUGCGACAGAAAAAACAGGCACAUUAUCAUAAAGCCUGUGGGGCUGGGGGACACCCUAGAAAUACUCGUCACUCCAGAAUGCACCUGUGACUGCCAGAAAGAAAUGGAAGUGAACAGCUCCAAGUGCCACAAUGGAAACGGCUCCUUCCAGUGUGGCGUGUGCGCCUGCAACCCUGGCCACAUGGGUCCUCACUGCGAGUGCGGGGAGGACGAGACAAGCACAGAUUCCUGCAAGGAGGCCCCGGAUCAGCCCUCGUGCAGCGGAAGAGGCGAUUGCUACUGUGGGCAGUGCAUCUGCCACUUGUCUCCCUAUGGCAACAUUUAUGGGCCUUACUGCCAGUGUGACAAUUUCUCCUGCGUGAGACACAAAGGGCUGCUGUGCGGAGAUAAUGGCGACUGUGACUGUGGCGAGUGUGUGUGCAGGAGCGGCUGGACCGGCGAGUACUGUAACUGCACGACCAGCACGGACCCGUGCAUCUCUGAGGACGGGGUGCUCUGCAGCGGGCGAGGCGACUGCGUCUGUGGCAAGUGUGUUUGCACGCACCCCGGAGCCUCGGGACCGGCCUGUGAACGCUGUCCCACCUGCGGCGAUCCCUGCAACUCUAAACGGAGCUGCAUUGAGUGCCACCUGUCUGCAGAUGACCAGGCCCGAGAAGAAUGUGUUGACAAAUGCAAACUAGCUGGUGUGACCAUCAAUGAAGAAGAAGAUUACUCAAAGGAUAGUUCUGUUUCCUGUUCUCUACAAGGAGAAAAUGAAUGUCUUAUUACAUUCCUAAUAACUACAGACAGCGAAGGGAAAACCAUCAUUCACAGCAUCAACGAGAAAGACUGUCCAAAACCACCAAACAUUCCCAUGAUCAUGUUGGGAGUUUCACUGGCUAUUCUUCUCAUUGGGGUUGUCUUACUGUGCAUUUGGAAGUUGCUUGUGUCAUUUCAUGAUCGCAAAGAAGUUGCCAAAUUUGAAGCAGAAAGGUCAAAGGCUAAGUGGCAAACGGGAACCAAUCCACUGUACAGAGGCUCCACCAGCACCUUUAAAAAUGUGACCUACAAACACAGGGACAAACAGAAGGUGGACCUUUCCACAGACGGAUAG